AUGAAAGAAGCAGGUUAUGCUGAUGAGUUAGAAAUUCUUGAAAAAUUCAAAGAUACAAGGAAUGAAUGGUUUGUGAAAGAGGAGAAAAAGAAGAAAAGUAGAAAAUCAACUCCACAAGUUCAAGCUGAGGAGGGGUCUUCAUCACAACCAAAGAAACGUCAAAAGAAGAAUGUGGAAACUAUGUUGGUCGAUGAACCAGAUGAAGAAGAACCAGUGACGAAUGUUGAAGAAAAUCAGGAAUCUGAUAUUGAUGAUGUGUUGAAAAACAUUGAUUAUGAAUUGGAAGCAGAUAAGGUAGUUGAUGAAGGAGUUGGUGCUGAUGAAGAUAAGAGUUCUUCUAGUUCUGAAUCUGAAAUUGAUGAAACAGAGCAUUCUCAAACACCUCCAUCUGGUGGUAGAAAGAAAGCAAGUGCUAGGAAGAGUGUAGUUUCUCCAAGAGCUGCAAGGAAGAAAUUGAUUUUGAGGUUGCCUAAACGGAAUAUUGGGCUUGAUGAGAUUGGAGAUUUCGGAUUUGCAAAUGAUGAGCAAGUAAAGAAAUUGGAAAAGAAGAUGGAUGAUGUAUUGGUUGAGAAUAAAAGAUUGGUUGAUCGUGAAAAGAUACUUGAGAUGCGUGUCAAGAAGGUUGAAUCUGAAAACAAGUCGUUGCCAAAGAAAAUUGAAGCAGAUCAGACAGAGAUUGAUAUUCUAAAAGUUAAAGUUGCAGAGUUAGAGGAAGAAAAAGCACGACGUGAUGAGCAGAAUAAGUAUUUUGAGUUGAAAAACAAAGAAUUAGAAGCUGCGAAAGCCAUGAAAGAACAUGAAAUUUACAUGAUGAAUAAAGUGCUGGAAAAUAUGCUUGGUAAGUCGUUGGAGCAAAGGUUUGUAGAGAUUGAAGUCGAGGAAGUUAGAGCAAAACGUCAAGCUGAAAUUGAUGCUGUAAUGAAGUUUAAAGGCAAAGGUGUUGAAGGUUCUGAGAUUACAGAAAGAUCAAUUGUUCCAUCCACUGUACCUGAAUCUCCUAUUCAGAAUCCUCGUCCUAUAUCGGCUGUGUCAACUAUCUUUGAGGAAUAUGUGUUACUAGAAGAUGUUAUUAAUGAUGAAGGAGAUGAUGAAGAGGAUGAUGACGAAGAAGAUGAUGAGGAAGAUAAAGUUGAUGAUGCAGAUGAUGUAUUCUCUGCAAGCAGUCAUAGUGACGAUGGUAAUGAUGAUGAUGAUAGUCAGGGUGGUAAUGGUGUCAAAGCUACUAAAGCGUCAAAUGAAUAG